AGAUAAACUGAGAUUAGAGCCGCCGGAGGAGACCGGGAGCUCCGUCUGCUGCUGUUACCACAGUCAGCAUCAACAUGGAACUGGAGAAUAUCGUGGCCAACACAGUGCUGCUCAAAGCUCGGGAAGGAGGCGGUGGGAACAGAAAAGGAAAAAGCAAGAAAUGGAAGCAGCUGCUGCAGUUUCCCCACAUAAGUUUGUGUGAGGAGUUACGACAAACCACAGAAAAGGACUACAGCAGCCUCUGUGAGCGGCAGCCUAUUGGACGGUUACUGUUCAGACAGUUCUGUGAGACUCGACCUGAACUCAGACGCUGCGUGAAGUUCCUGGAUGCUGUGGCGGAGUACGAGGUGACUCCAGAUGAGAAGAGGAAAGAGUGCGGUCAGGAACUCAUCGACAAAUACUUCAACCCAAAGUCAGAGGACCGUGUGCCUGAGGUGGAGGAGGCCAUGAUGGCUGAGUGCACCGAGAAGCUGCAGCAGGAGGCCUGCAAAGAGCUCUUCAAGGAAUGUACCAAAUUGAUCCACGACUACCUGAGCGUGGCGCCCUUCGCAGACUACCUCGACAGCAUGUUCUACAACAGGUACCUUCAGUGGAAAUGGCUGGAGAGACAACCGGUGACGAAAAAUACAUUCCGACAGUACAGAGUUUUAGGGAAAGGAGGCUUUGGAGAGGUGUGUGCGUGUCAGGUACGGGCCACUGGGAAAAUGUACGCCUGUAAGAAACUGGAGAAGAAGAGGAUAAAGAAGAGGAAAGGAGAGUCCAUGGCGCUCAAUGAGAAACAGAUCCUGGAGAAAGUCAACAGCAGAUUUGUAGUGAGUUUAGCGUAUGCCUACGAGACGAAGGACGCUCUGUGCCUUGUGUUGACCCUCAUGAACGGAGGAGACCUGAAAUUUCACAUCUAUCACAUGGGAGAGGCGGGAUUCGACGAGAAGAGAGCAAUCUUCUACUCUGCAGAGAUCUGCUGCGGGCUGGAGGACCUGCACCGAGAACGCAUUGUCUACAGAGACCUAAAACCAGAGAACAUCCUGCUGGACGACCACGGCCACAUCAGGAUAUCAGAUCUUGGUUUAGCGGUUCAUGUACCGGAGGGACAGACCAUCAAGGGACGAGUGGGAACAGUAGGAUACAUGGCUCCGGAGGUGGUUAAAAAUGAGCGCUACACUUUCAGCCCCGACUGGUGGGCGUUGGGCUGCCUGCUGUACGAGAUGAUCGAGGGCCAGUCUCCCUUCCAGCAGAGGAAGAAGAAGAUCAAGAGGGAGGAAGUGGAGCGGCUGGUGAGGGAGGUGGAGGAGGAUUAUUCCAGCAAGUUCUCCGAGGACGCCAAGUCCCUCUGUAAAAUGCUUCUGGCCAAAGAUCCCGCAGAGAGACUGGGCUGCCAGGGAGGAGGAGCAUCUGAGGUCAAAUCCCAUCCCAUCUUCCGCUCCAUCAACUUCAAACGCCUGGAGGCCGGCAUGCUGCAGGCGCCCUUCAUUCCUGAUCCGCAGGCCAUCUACUGUAAAGACGUGCUGGACAUUGAGCAGUUCUCCACAGUGAAAGGGGUGGAGCUGGAGCCGAAAGAUGAAUCUUUCUACAGUAAAGUGUCCACAGGAAGCGUCUCCAUCCCCUGGCAGGAUGAGAUGAUCGAGACUGAAUGUUUCGUAGAGCUGAAUGUUUUCCACCAGGAUGGGACAGUUCCUCCCGACCUGGACUGGAGAGGACAGCCGUCUCCUCCACCCAAACAGGGACUCCUGCAGCGGCUGUUUGGCCGACAGGACUGCUGUGGUAACUGCAGUGACAGUGACGAGGAGCCCACCAGGCUGUGACACACACACACACACAGACACACGCGCACGCACACACACACACACACACACACACACACACACACACUUAGACAUGCACGUACACAUAAACACACAGAUCUCAUUUGUUUACAACUUUUGCACAUUUGUAUUUUUAACAUAGUACUAAAUGUCAGAAUGUAUAUUUUCAGCAUAGCCAUAAUGUUUAAUGUUAUUUAAAAAAUUGUGAAAUAUCAGCUGUCGACACGUUCCAAAAGAGGAGACAGGAAUUUAUAGACGAUGAACAUUUGUUUAUUUUUUGUUUUUUUUGGUAAUUUUUUUUGUCCAUGGAAGGCUUUGCUUUCACAUUCAUCCAUUUAACAUGUCCAUGUCACUGAUGUGGGAGCUGGCCACCGAGCUACAAUCGCCUGCUGUAAAAGUGCCUUGCUGGAGGGCACGGUGAGGACUGAGCAUUCCUCGAUCUCUUUACUUUUUCUCACUUUGUCCAGGGAAUCAAACCAGUGACUUUCAGCUCAUGAACUGUGACCACUUUUCUUCUUCCGCCCUCCAUUCUGCUGUGACCAACCUUUCCGGUCCUCUCAGCUCUAUACUUCUUUGGUUUUAAAAGUGUGAAUUAUUUUUGCUUAGAUAUGUGGCUUUGGAAAGGUGAUCCCAGAGCUAUGAAGUUGUCUGCAGAUCUGUUUUUAUAUGAAUAGUAUUAUUUGUUUUUAUUUUUCAGUCAUGGAUUUCUUGUGUCAGGGCGGCUCUAGUUACUCUUGUCAGUUCUGUAAAGACCGAAACUGUUGUGUCGUCAAAUUUUACAGAAACUCUGAGCACCAAAUGAGUCACUUUUAUGCUCUCAUAAUACAAGUUUUAUUAGCCCCAAAAACCUCACCAUUGACAAAAGAAUUUGGUUCCAAACGAUCAACUCACAUUAUUUUAAUGCUACAGUGCUGUAAUAAAAAAAAAACCUGCCAGUACUCUGACACUGCAAAUAAAACACCUAUUUCACCUCAUAGACAUGGGGUAGAAGAUGCCCGCUCUCCCUGUAGGUUUAGAAGGCUGUUGUCAUCUCUGCACAUAAAAUGGUUGCCGUUUUAUAUACAUGGUUAACAUUGUGAAUUGGAAAAGUACUUGGUUAGGGUAUGGCAACAAAACUUCUUGGUUAGGUUUAGGAAAACAUCAUUGAAAAGUCAAAAUACGUCCGAGUUAAAGUUUCACUUUCACAUUCACAAGGGACAUAAUCAGCAUUCUAUCCACCUCAACCUCCUGCCCUUUCGGCCCCAAGUGGUCACUCUUUAUUCUACGUCACCUCCCUUGCUUUCAAGGGGGUAAUUUUUGUUUACUUAUUACAGACACAAUGUGAUAAAAUGUCAAUCACACAGGUUUGUUUUCCCACUUUUCUCUCAGGGUUUCUAUAGAAUUUAUUCACCUUUGCGAUUGUAUUCCCUGGGAUGAUAUCCAACCUGCGCAGGUUUACCACUUCAUGCAUCUUAGUAAAAAUGUACAGAGUUUUGUCCGUCUAGAUCUGUGGCAUGCUGCAUCCUCAGUCGAUCACAUGAUUUCAGUCAUAUUGAAGCAAUGACAAGAGUAAUAGAAGCUUUUGUGUCCAACCCUGAGACUGAAGCUGGUCUGUUUGUCACAGCAGUGAACUCCCUCAGCUGGUACUGUUGCAGUCAAUGACUUCCUCAAAGAAUAUGGCCUCUGAUUUUAAGCUAUUAAAAUGAAAUACCUCUGAAUGUAAAAACAGCUGUCAUGUUAUUUCUGAUAUUCGGGAAGACAAGCGACAGAAACCAGACACCAAGUUUUUUCCUGCUGUUAAAUAUGAUAUUGAAUCACAACCUUUACGGUCACCAUCCCACAGCUUUUAAAUGUCAACAUCUCUGCUCCCUGAAAAGAACCAAAAAGUGAAGUUUCAGUGAGGUUGUGUUAUGUAUUAUAUAUGAUGACAAAUAUAAUUUUAAAGGGUAAGUGCACCACUUAAAAAAAGAAAAUCAUAUUUUCUCAGUUGCCUCUUGUCUUUUUUUUCUGCUCAGGAUUUGAAAUAAGAAAUAUGGACAAGUGGCUGUCUGUAUAUCCUGGAGCCAACUUACAAUUUGUGUGAACUUGUGAACAAUAUCCUAAAAUUCAGUUUUAUCAACCAAAAUGACCAAAUGAAACCAAAACUAUCCGCAUGAGAAAAGUAUGUUUUGGUGAAACUGAACAUAUCCUUUAAUCGAGUUUAGGGAUGCAACUAACACUUUCCGUAUCAAUUAAUCUGAUGAUUAGUUUUCAGUUAAUCAACUAAUUCAUUUUGUGGUUAAAAAUGUCAAGAAAUCAUGAAAAUGUUUGUUUUCUUUCAACCCAGUGUGACGUCCUCAAAUUUCCAAAAUCAGAGGUGUGGACUCUGUUUGGAGCCUUUUGACUUGAAAAUACUUGGUUCUGUCGAGUCUGUGAAAGUGCAACAACAGCAUUAUUUGUUUUUAUGAGUCAUUUCAGUCAUUUCACACUUGUUUUAACUUCUUGCAACAAAUACAUACAACUUUUAAAAAGCUUUCAUGAUUUUUAUAAACGUAAUAUAUUAUUAAUCUAUUGUACUGUUACAUUUGGUAAAGAGCGCAUUAUGACUAUGAACCCAAUUAUACCCAUUAUGAUUAUGAACCCAAAAAGAUUUACUUUACUGACAUGUGACGUAAAAAGUAAAACAUCACAUUCUUACAUUUGAGAUUUGGGAUUAUCUAAAUAGUUGCAGAUUAAUUUUGUUGAUCCAUUAAUUGAAUAAUCAUCAAAUCAUUGCAGCUCUAAUACACUCUGUGCUGAAAUAUGGAACUCUUCCUUUAAGAUAUUCACUUAAAAAAAUAUAUUUUUUUAUUUUUGAAAGCUAAUCAAAAAACCGAACUAAACUCUCUUUUUUUAAUUUUAUUUUUAUGGAUUCUGGUGUCAAAAUGGGUCUUUUGAUGAGCAUGUGCAGAGAUAGAUUCACUGUUUCUUUGUGUAAAUCAGUUGUUAAGGGAAUACUUUACCCCCCCAAAAAAUGUCAUUAGUAUAUCAAUAACUCACCCUUUGUUUCACUGAAUUUUGAAGAAAACGGCUACUUGCACUCCCAUUGACCAAAAACAAAUAAAAAAAAUAAUUAAAUUUUUUGAUAAAUUGAGGGAAAUUGGGAUUUAAUAACAAGAAAACUAUUGUUGAGUCGAGUUUGCAACCAACUAUAUCAUCCAAUCUAUUUGUAUGGUCACUACUUUCAAAACACAGGUAUUUUAAGCAUAAAACGUCUAAAACUUAGUUAAAGUUUUCUGCACAAAUUCAAGGUAACACUGCUGUGGAAUUGACAUAAAUGGUUAUUUUUGGGGGAAAGUAUUCCUUAGAACCUGUCAAAUUUUGCCUUCUGCUAUCUGCAUUUUGUUUAACUGAGAGCUCUUGACUAUUUUUUUUAUUGAACCAGUUAAUUUAAACCAAACCAGUUAUCCAUAGCAGAUCAAAGAUGACAAACUACUUCCCAUCCAUGGUGCCUUUUGGUGUUUGAAGGUACUCCUCCAGCCUAUAGUCGCCUCUUUUUAUACAUACUGUAUGUGUCUGUACAUGUGCUCAUGCAAAGCCUGCUGCUGCGUCAGCUUCAGUUCACUUUCUGUCUGUGGUACCUUGUGGAGUGUCGAGGACAAUAAGACUGAAAGAAUCCCUCCACUUAAAGACUGCUGUCGACUCACCCGUCCCCGACCUCCAAACUCUUGAGUCCCUGCAGUGAUUUUGAUGAAGACUGAGAGAUCAAAGGGGAACUUGGGGAGUCAGAAGAUUUCGCUAACAUCCUCCGUGGACGUUUAAAUCAGGACUCAACUGCUGUGCUGUGUCUCUCUGCUGUCAGAUAAACUCUGUCCUUAAUGUUUGUGUUGAGGAUGCACUGUGAUCUGCCUUAAAGGAUAAUUCCACUUUAUUACAACUUGGGUCCUAUUUGUUUGUUAAUCAUUCUUAUCAGUAUUAUUAACAUUGUAUUCCCCAAUGUAAUAGCUAAAAUCUGGGAAGAUUGCUAAAAAGAAGUCUUGACGAGUCAGGGAACAUGACGAGUCAGACUUAGUAAAACCCUAAAAACCCAUGAUUUCAAUCAGCUACUGCAUGCGAUAAAUACAAACAUUUCUGCCGACUUUAGAUCCCCUUGGGUUAUUAAAAACACAGCUGGAUGACACAGUGAUAAGGAGCCAUCCUUUCUCUGUAGCAGAGAAGAGCAAAACUUAAAACUAAACUAAAAACUUGACAGGUUUUUAGAAAUCCAUUCAAAUGCAAAGGAUUUGAUUCACUGCUCAUGUAUUCAAUAAUGGAAAUACACCACAUACAGAAGCUUAAAACACUCUGACCUGGUCUACAGUAUUUUAACCCCACUUUUUAGUAUUGGUAACUAGGGCAGAUUUUUGUCAGCAAAAAAGCUCCUCCAAAUUUAAAUUUUUGAUAAAUAAGACACAAAACCAAAACACAUUCCCUCCCACUAAGAAAUGAGCUGUGAUGAAGACAAUAUCAGACUGACUGAAGUGGAACACAAUGGCAGUUCACUUUGGUUCUCGGGCUACAGAGGAGAUUAAAUAAAUACUGAAAUAUGUGUUUUUCCUUUUGGAGCGCUGUUGAGCAGGUAUGAAUAACUGAUAACUGACCAGGAACAUGCAUUGUAGUGCUUCAAUCACCUAAUAAACACUACAAACUUAAACUGAACUAAUAUUUAAAAAAAAGAGCUAAAACAAGCAUAUGUUGGCUAUUGAGAAAUAAUAAUGAAUGUAUCAUGCCAUCCAUUCUGUUUUAAUGAGGUGCUGUGGCCUCUAAACAAAGAGUUAGUAAUGAAAAUGUCAAAUAGGCCUAAACUGUUUAUGUACAAAUGCUCAAAUGCUGUUCUUAUUUAUUUUAUUUUUUUCUUAAUUAGGCCUCAAUUUGUUUUUGUUUUUUGUUUUUUAGGCCUCAAUGUUCCCAGAUCCUAUCUAUUAAUGCAGUGAAUUCAAUGUUGUCACUGAUAGAAAUGAUGGGCAUAUUGUAACAAACCAGAAUUAUCAUUUUAAACAGAAAACUAUUUAAAUUGGUGGAACUUAAAUAAAAACAGACUUUGUUUAGUCUUUAGGGCUGCAUUCUUGAUUUAAGUGUGUCUAGGAACACUGACAGGAUUUUUGUCUUUUAUCUCUGUAACAGAAAUGUUCCUUGAUCAUUUAUUACUCUAGCUCUGUUUUAGUGUCACCUGAUAACUUGAAUAUCAGUGAAAGCAAGAGAAAAAGUUGUGUCGCUGCAUCUUACUGGGUACAAAUCCUAUUUUAUUUUUUAUUUUUAUAGCAAUAAUAUUUUAUAGAUUUCAACUGCUGAGCACUUAGAGCUGUGUGUGUUUGUAUCUGUGUGUUUGCAUCAUGUUUUUAUUUUAUUUGCUGAGCCUGGCUUGUAAAUGCUGUGAGAAAAGAGGGAAUGCCUCUGUUUUGUACCAUAAACCUACUCGUGUGUAAGUA